AAAGAUACGUUUGGAGCCCCCCGAGCCUCAUUCCACCACAACUUUGCUUCGAUCACAACACGCAGCGCAAGAAAUUGCCGUGGACAAUGAUGAAAGUGAAAGCAGCAGCCGUCUCACCAACUACCCGUACCAAUGCAGGGAACGAGCUACUAGACACACCUGGUGUCUACUGCAACCCAUCCAAUUCAUUUGAUAGAACAGGAUCCCUUUUCAAUUUGUCAGAAUUAGGGCAACUCUCGCCUAGAGAAAUCGAUGCAAGAAUCAUCGACGUCAACGAAGAUGAAGAACAAGGUUUCGAAGCUGUCCUUGACCCGAGCCGGUUUGCAAAGUUUCAGGAUAUUUCAUUAACUGCGAGUUCCCACACGCAGGAGGAUGACAACGUGACGCUCUAUGGCAAAGAAAAGUUGCAACGAAUUGUAGACGAUGAAAAAAUCAAUAGUAUAAACAAGCGAGACUUAGUGUUCAAACUUCUCGAGACGAUGAGUAUUAAAACGUUCAUUGUAGUAUCAGGGAGUGAAGAUAAUACAGCCGAACUCUUGCAACGUGUCCGCGACGUGAUCGAUUUCAUCGCUAUCCUAAGGCGAACCCGUGCAAAGCGGACGCUCAAGUGCUGCAUACUCUUUCAAGACUUUGAUGGUCUUUUGUACAACCUGGUCCUCCCAACAGAGGCCAUUGGUACCCAUCAAACAUGGCAUUCCAACAUGAACGAAUUUUCAGGUGUUGUGGCCGUGAGCGCACUAUCUGUUCUCUCUAGAGUUUGUCCUUGCCUCAUUGCUGGGCAAAUGGGAAGUGUGCAACCAGCCUACUGGGGGUUUAUGCUCGCUUUGCUAGUGUCGGAAGAAAUGUCAUUGUCAUUUCUCAACUCGUCGCUUCUCAUUCAGGGCAUGCCCUCGAUCUCAUCUUACGUAAUGAUAAAUGGGGAAGGGUACGAUUGGAUUCAUAAAUUGCCUAUUGCUUGCUUCGUUGCUGCUGGGGCAGUUCAAGGUUCUCUGCAACGAGCGUUUGGCAUAAUCGGAGUCAGUCUUACCUUUGUGGCUAUACUGGCCAACCUGGGUUCUAGGGCUUGGCAUUUCCUACAAUUCAGAAAGGUCUCUUUCGGUGGACCGCUGGCACCUCUAUUUGCAUACAUCAUAUCUGUGUUGGCCGGUCUGUGUUUCCCCCAUAUGGGUGGAUGUCGCAAGAUUGAAGAAGGAGAUGAAGUGGCUGCCGAGGCUGUGUUGAAAAGCGCUUUUGGAGCUUGUGCUCUGUUCCUGCUUUCAGACUUGGAUAGUAUCCAGAGGCUACUUCUGGGAGGCACAGAGAAGUGCGACCAAACUAUUUUGAACAUUGCUAUGGGUUCCUGGAUUGGAUUGACUUUGCUCGUCAACUUGUUUCUGGCAACCAAACUCCAACUUCCAUCUGCUUCAAAAGAAAAUCACCACGAUUUGGUCCUCACUGAAGAUCCACGUUCCCCCGUUGGAUACAGAGUUCCUGCAUUCCCUGAAUUCUUGAUAGACCCAAUCAGAGCCAAAAAGAGCAUUUCUUUCUUAACUUUGGAGCAAGAGAUGUAUUUUGCUGUCUUUGUCGCAAUGACAAUGAUGGGUGUGAUUGUUUCAAUGGCGUUUACCGGUUGGAGCAAAACAGCAGAGGAGGCAUUGAUUGGUAUCCUAAAGUAAAAGUGGCGUUUUGCAUGGAGUUUGUGGCUGCUACUAGCUAGCUAGCUAGUAGCUACUGUAGACUACAGUGUCACGGUGACAGGGGGUAGAGAGGACUACAUACAGCCUGUGCAUAUGAACAGGGAGAAGCCCGCAGAUUGAGAGCAAGGCCAGCCAUUUUUUUGGCCGAAUUCAAAAACGUCCAUUUCCUGUCAAUCGAACAGGAUAGCGCGCCUGUUCAAUUGCACAGGGCUGCCUGUUCAUAUGUACAGGAGGCUGUACAUAUACAGGAGCUCGACGUCCUGUUCAAAUGCACAGGAA